GAAGUUCAACCGACCUUCAGUGGGUCGAGAGGGCACGUGUUCUCCCCCGAUGGCCGGUGCGUCCGAGGGCGAGAUUCCUGAAGAAGAGUGUUCGCCAGAGGGCCUGGAGCAAACGAUGCGUCGCGUCCUGAAGUCGGAGCUGGAGGCACAGACCGACUUGCUGCGGCAGCAAAUCAAUGAGGAUGUGAGCCUGCAUUUCGCAGAGCGGUCGGUGGAGGCGCCUGAAUUUGGAGGCUCAGGAGAUCGUGGAGGCCUCCAUUACCUUAGAGAACUCCUUGCGUGACCACAAGGAAUUCCUGCAGAAUCUGUUGAAUCAAGAUGCGUUGAAAUCCAGCAGUCAAAAGAGUCUACCCCAGCUGAACCUCAAGUCAGGAGCUCCGGAUGACUGUUGAAUGCGGGAGCUUCGCACUGUGCACAAGCCUGGACGGAUGGGGCUGAGGCUGGGACGCCGAGGUGGUACCGAAUGUACCGGUGUCGAACCUUGAAGCCAUUGAUGAGCAGGCCAACCAGCCGGAUGGGACGCCUCAACGCAUCCGCAGAGGUGUCAUCCACAAGAAGGCGAUGGCCGAUGAAUUCAUGAAGGAUGUGCGGGAAGAAGAGGAGGAGGAUUACCUAGCGGAGGACGGGGAAGCAGCCAAAAGCAUCAGGGCUCGAGCACGUUGGUUGUUGUCCCAGCAAUGGUUCGAUAUGAUGAUUGGAGCUUGCAUCAUCCUGAACUCCAUCAUCAUUGGUAUUCAGGCAGAUUGGAAUGUGCGGAACAUCUCUGUUCCCGAGCCUGAAGGCUUUGGAGUCUCCGAGAAGAUCUUCGCAGUGAUCUUCACCGGAGAGUUGCUGCUGCGAAUCGUUGGCCUAGGCUUUCGCCGAUUCUACUGUGGCCCUGACUGGAAGUGGGCGUUGUUUGACACCGUGGUGGUCUCGCUUCAGCUCUUCGAUGAGAUCAUCACGCUGGCAGUUGGGGACGACAGUGCGGCUGGAAGCCAGGGGAACCUGGGCUUCAUGCGGGUCGUGCGCGUCCUGAGGUUGUUGCGGAUCUUGCGCUUGGUCAGAAUCUUGCAGUUUGUGAACGAGCUUCGCACGAUGGUGAUGUCCGUGGCGAGCUCGAUGCGAUCGUUGGUCUGGACGCUGGUUCUGAUGCUACUCAUGAUGUACAUCAUUGGAGUCUAUUUGUGCCAAAUGAUCGCGGACAGCGGUGCCGAGGACGCAACCAUCUUGACGAAGGACUUGGUGGAUUUCUACGGAAACCUUCCACGUGCCGUCUUGUCUCUCUAUCAGGCCAUGACCGGCGGAGUGGAUUGGAAUGACUUGAGCUUGCCCUUGGAGCCCAUCUCCCCAAUCAUGUCCUUGAUCUUUGCCCUCUACAUCGCCUUUGCAGUACUGGCCAUGAUGAACGUGGUCACCGGCGUUUUCGUGGAGUCGGCUUUGGGCUCCGCACGCGAGGACCGGACGAAACGGUGUGGAGAGGUCAUCCAUGCAGUGCGGAAGAUCUUCAACAUGGGAGAUCAAAACAAGAAUGGUGCCUGGACGGCAGUGAUCGAAGCCAUCCCGUUGGAAGAUCCGCUGAACAUGCGAUACUUCAACACCAUUGGAAUCAAUUCCUCCGAGGCUCGGGGGCUUUUCAACUUGUUGGACGCGGAUGAUUCCGGGAGCAUCAGUGUCCAGGAGUUCAUCCAAGGCUGCCUGCGCUUGCGAGGUCUACUGGCUCCAAGAGAGGCUUGACUACGUGGAGCACAG